CAGGUCCAGUGUGUCAGUGUUGGUAUAAGUUGAAAUCAGUUGAAUAAAUGCGUCUGUUGUAUGACACAUGCGUAAAUGCAUAAUUUUGAAUGAUUAUUUCUUUAAAAAACAAUAAAUAAGUUAAUGUGUUAUUAAUAUUUUAGAAAUAUUUAUAUAAGUGCAAAUGGAUGCUAUACAACGAAAACGUGACAAAGCUCGCCUUCGAGUAAGAAAAUUCCGAGCAAUAAAAAAAGCUUUACAAGAAAUUGAAGAACCAACGAAUGCUCAGGAUGAGUCUUUAGGUUCUUUUUCAAUAAAAAGUGAAGAUCUUGAUAUUGAAGAUUCAAUGGGAAUACCAUCAGCAAAUCCUCCAUCUAAUUUUGAAUUUGUGGAUUUCGCCAUUUCUGAAUUGCAACCAAUUCUCGCGAGAGAUUUUGCUCUUCAAGAAAAAGAAACAGAAGUUGAACAACAACAGAAAAAACGUCUUAAACAAGAAGAAGAUGAAAGUAAUCGCUAUUCAUCCAAUUUCCAAAAAUAUGUUGUGAAAGAAUUGAUAAGAAUCCGAUCGCAAUUAGAGGAUAUACAACAUGGUCAACAACAAUUGGCAAAUAAAUUAAAUUCUGCUGGUGUCAUUGAACCAACACCAUUGGAUGCAAUUGACAAAUUUAUGGAAGAAUAUUCACUCACAUUACCUUUUAAAACCGUUGGAGAUUUUGAACGUUUCGAUGUAACUUUAGCAGCAAAUCCAACACUACGAGCAAAGUUUAUGUCCUCGUUGUUAGAUCUAUUCGACAGAAAUCAUGUUGCAACAAAAACAUUGGUAAACAUAAUGAAGAAAUAUAUGUCUCGAGACGUUGCACUCAGCUACACUGCCGUUAAACCUGUUAAAGAUAAAUAUGUCUUGAAGGGAACAACUUUCUGCAAAUGCAUUAUAAGCGUACUAUUGAAAAAUCAUAUCGAUAAAAAUACAGGAAUUAAAGCAACUGAACAUAAUUUAUUAUCGGCAUUAGGAUCAGUUUUGGCAAAUGCUAAGGAUUGGGAAGGUUACAGAGCCAGAAGAUCUAAACCUGUUCCAAGAUAUGACGAUUUUUAAUUACUAUUAUUAUUAAUAUUAUUAAUAAAAUAUAUUAUAACUUACACAUAUAUACGUAUUAUGUGUGUGUAUAUUGAUUCAUUUAUCUUUAUGUGUAUUGUGUUUCAUUUUAAAUGAAUGAGAUUGUAAAACAUUUCAAUCUAAUAAAUGGUAUUGUUUGUAAUAUGAAA